AUGUCUCGAAGGAGUUUUGGUGGUCGAAGGCAAUUUAGUAGCAGAGGCAGGUUUGGAGACCCAUCUAACGGUAGUAACAGCAAGAAUAGCUUUCAAUUAUCAGAAGCCGACAAAGAUGCACCACUGGAUAUUGAAAUCACCAUGUCAGAAUCAAAUGAAAACAGGUUUCGUCGGGCGAAAGCCAAUGAAAUCAUUGAUUGCAAGUACGGCUUUGAAAAUUUCUCGGGCCCCGGUGAAAAACUAGGAUGGUUGAUUAAUACUCAUCCAACUGAUAUCCUUGAUGAAUCCAGAAACCUUGUUAGCGCCGUCGAUUUUUAUUUUCUUCAAGCAGAUGGCUCAAGGUUUAAAGUCUCGCGUGCUUUCCUCCCGUACUUCUACGUAUCGGUCAUGGGCGACCGCGGAGUCGAAGCGGAAGUCACAACAUUUCUUACCCGCAAAUAUUCUGGACGCAUAGCAAAGAUUGAUUUGAUUGAAAAGGAGGAUCUUGACAUGCCUAACCAUCUGGUGGGGAUCAAGGCAAGAUACUUGAAAUUGUCCUUCAACAGCGUCGACGAGCUCACUCGAGUUCGGCGAGAAAUAGCCAGCCGUGUGAAAGCUAAUCGAGAAAUUCAGAGUCUGAAGUCUAGCUAUACUGACAUGCUAGGCGAGCAUUUCGCGGACACAACUGAUGCGUCUUCUGGGUACUCUAAAACAAAAAUGGCGAGCAAAGUUACCGAUGCACUGGAUUACCUUAGCGAUAUUCGGGAAUAUGAUGUCCCAUACCUAAUGAGAGUCUGCAUUGACUUAAAUAUAUUUGCAGCUCAUUGGUAUACUGUCAAGUGUCGACCGAGUCAGCCUCCCGAAUUCAUAAAGUCAGAAGAAACUGUAGCUUGGCCGGAGCCGAUCAUGAUGAUUUCCUAUAUGAUUGACGGGAUGGGCUACCUUAUAUGCAAUCAAGAAAUUAUUGCUGAAGAUGUUGAAGACUUUGAAUUCACUCCACGUCCAGAAUUCCCCGGCCAUUUCCGAGUAUAUAAUGUGAUCAAUGAAGAAGCUCUAAUCAGGCAAUUUUUCGACCAUAUUCUCCGUGUAAAACCCACUAUUGUUGUUACUUACAACGGAGACAAUUUCGAUUGGCCGUUUCUUGAGGCUCGUGCAGCCCAAUAUGGUUUGAAGAUGUCAGACGAAAUUGGUUUCAACCGAGAACAAAGUGGCCCAAGUGUGGGUCGAGAUCCAUCCGCUGGCGAUUAUCUUUCUCGCCCCGCCGUUCACAUGGACUGUUUUCGAUGGGUCAAGAGAGAUAGCUACCUGCCAGUGGGAGCUCAGGGUCUGAAAGCCGUUGCCAAAGCGAAGCUACACUACGAUCCUGUAGAAAUGGAUCCUGAACUUAUGUGCCGUAUGGCUCGCGAGGAACCAAGAACUCUGGCUAAUUAUUCGGUUUCUGAUGCAGUCGCCACCUACUACCUCUACAUGAAAUAUGUUCAUCCUUUUGUGUUCGCCCUAUGCACCAUCCUACCUCUUAAUCCGGACGACGUCUUGCGAAAGGGUUCUGGAACUCUGUGUGAAGCUCUUUUAAUGGUUCAAGCCUAUGAGGCUAAUGUAGUUUUUCCACAUAAAAAGUCAGGUGGAUCGUCGUCUCACGAUGCCCCCCAAGGUAUUCUUGGCGACUCCCUCAAUAGCUACUCUUUCACCGACGACAAUCGUCUAAUUGACUCGGAAACCUAUGUGGGUGGUCAUGUGGAGGCGUUGGAGGCUGGUGUAUUCCGGGCCGACAUCCCGGUUCGUUUUCGUCUGGUACCUGCUGCCCUCGAGAAACUCCGGGCAGAUGCUCGACGUUGUCUUUGUCGAGCCAUAUCCACCGAACUAGAUACAAAGGACCCUAGCGUCGUAGAAAGCCUCAUCGAAAAGAAAAAUUUUGAACAGGUUUGCGCUGAAGUGGAACAGGCUCUCAGCACUCUUGGUACAAUGCCCAACCGAGUGGAAUGUCCAGUUAUUGUCCAUUUGGACGUAGGUGCAAUGUACCCCAACAUCAUUCUCACAAAUCGCCUCCAGCCCUCUGCUGUCGCUGCCGAUGCAAGUGAAAGGUGCAGCGGCUGUCAUUUCUACAAACCUGGCGUCGCUUGCCAACGCUUUAUGUCUUGGAAUACCGGCGGUCGACGCGCUUUUCACGAACUAUCUCGUGAAGAACAGGCGACUGUGGAGAAGAAGCGUCUUACUGACUUCUGUCGACGUGCAUACAAACGAAUCCACACGACUCGCAUGGAAGAGCGUGUGGCUAUGGUCUGUCAGCGAGAGAACUCGUUUUACGUGGAUACCGUUCGGUCAUUCCGUGAUCGUCGCUACAAAUUCAAGGGCCUUACAAAGGUACGCUCCUUGCUUUUUUGUAUGCUUCUUAACUGCUACUUUCGCCGCUGUACUCCCACUGAUAACUUCACCCAAAAAUUACUACAGGUUUGGAAGCGCAAACUGGAUGAAACUUCGGCCGCUGCCGCAGCUGGCGUUGGUGACCCGGCCCUAGUCAAGGAGGCCAGCUCGAUGGUGGUGCUCUAUGACAGUUUGCAGUUGGCUCAUAAGUGCAUCCUCAACUCCUUCUACGGCUACGUCAUGCGGCGAGGUGCCCGGUGGCAUUCUAUGGAGAUGGCUGGCAUUGUCUGCCACACAGGAGCUAACAUAAUCACACGCGCAAGAGAACUGGUCGAACAGAUCGGCCGCAGUUUGGAACUAGACACCGACGGUAUCUGGUGCAUGCUACCAGCCAGUUUUCCCCAGAACCUCCAGUUCAAACUAGCCAGCGGCAAAAAACUCUCCGUCUCUUAUCCGGGCGCCGUGCUCAACCAACUGGUGCAGGAUCUUUUCACGAACGACCAGUACCACGAUCUCCUGGACCCUGCCCGCCUCACUUACACCCGUAAUGGAGAGUUGCAGUUGAUUAAAAUAUUCCAGUCUUCUGUGUUUGAGGCCUUCCUACACGGCAAAACGCUGACGGAGAUCUAUGCGUCGGUUGCUAAGGUAGCUGAUCACUGGCUUGACGUCCUCUACUCCCAUGGCGUGGGCAUGCCAGACUCAGAGUUACAGCCGGAACAGGCACCCGUCACGGAACGUGCUAUCCCAUUGGCUAUUUUUCAGGCUGAACCCUCAGUAAAACAUCACUUCCUCAGGAAAUGGCUCAAAGACAGCAGCCUCGGCGCUGAUGUCGACAUUCGCAGCAUUCUUGACUGGAACUACUACAUUGAACGAUUGGGCAGUGCCAUCAUGAAGAUAAUCACUAUCCCCGCCGCCCUGCAACAGGUAAACAACCCGGUGCCGCGCGUUCCUCACCCCGACUGGCUGCUUAAACGUCUCGCUGAAAAGACGGAUACUUGUCGUCAGAGCAAGCUGACCGACCUUUUUGCUCCAGCCGUUGCCAGCAGUCGAAUCACUGUGGAAAUCGAAGACAUUGGCGCCACCGGUUCUACAUCCCAUUCCACCUCGGUACCCAGAGCCACCCAUCUUGCGUCUCCACCGCAGCAGAACAUGGGAGGACGCAAGAGGUCUCUGGUCCCUGCCCUCGCAAAACCGACAGGCCCUCCACCGGCCUGGCGUGAAAGUCUGGGUCAACCACCAACUCUCAACGAAGAUUCA